AAUACUAUCAUGAUGAUUGAGUAUUUAAGAACAGGCACAUCUAUUCCUAUAUCUCUCAACCACAAAACACUUCUAAUAUUAAAGAAUCGUUACUAUGACUUUCCUUAAGGAGAGCAAACACAAUGAUAAAUCCUCAAUCAAUAAACAAGAACUUGAUGAUCGAUCACAAAACACUAACAGCUAUGAAACUAUAAUCCCUGAAGAGGAUGAUGACAACAUAGGAGAAUGGUUGAGUUUAGGAAUCAAAGGAGACAUGUCUCUUGAAGUAGCUAAUCAAAACCCAGAUUUUCAAUCUCAAUCAUCAAAACCUGUUCAAAACAACAAGGUUUUUUCAUGCAACUUCUGCAUGAGAAAGUUUUACAGUUCACAGGCUUUAGGUGGUCACCAGAAUGCACACAAAAGAGAAAGAGAAGCUGCUAGAAGUUACCACCAAUCUCAUAGGAUGAUCACAUCAUCAAUGGCACUUGGAAUUGUCCAACCUCACUCUCUUGUGCACAAACAAAACAGAGAAAGCUCUGCUAUGGUAGCUCGAUUCGACGAUGCGAGUUCUGGAAUUGGAAUGACAUGGACACCCUUUGUUCUUGAAGAACAAGCUUUGAAUUUUGUAUGGCCCGGAAGCUUUCGGAUGGAUAAGCCAAAGCAAGAAUCAGAUAUGCCUAAGCUUGAUUUAGAUCUUCGGCUUUGAUACAUGUAAUUUUGUCCAACUUCAGAGUCCUUAGUGUUUUGUUUUUUAUAUUUUUAUGUUAUUGUUGCUUGCAAAGUUUUCAAUUGCAGGGUGGUUACGUUGCGAUUCUUGAUAUAUUUGUAGAGAAUUGCAGUUAAGUUGAUGUGGCCUCAAUCCCAAUUAUAUUGCAGGGACAUCAAAAUCACAGUCUCAAUAAUGGUUGUGCCUCGGUCUUAAUCCGAUCUUAAAAUGUUGGUUACUUGUACUAAUAGUAUACUAAAGAUACAAUAACUUUGAUAUUUGAACACUUCUAAUUUUCAUACAUUCAAUCAACACUUUACUUAUUUUAUUUAUUUUUUUCUUUCUUUAUCUUUCUUUCUAUCACAUCACCAAGAUGUCAAAGUUAUCACAUCAAUAUCUCUUAUUUUCUCUCUCUCAUGGUAUCAAAUAGAUAUUUGGGUCUCCACUAAACAAUCUCCGAGACACAACUAAAGUUGUAUUAAUUGUUUAAUUUGUUAUAGGAUAUUGUGAUGUCAAUGUCAAUAUGCAUUAUUGCAAUUUUUUACACUAAAA